CUUUGGGUCUGUGGCUGGUGACUGUCAGUGCUCAUGAUGUAAAUGUGUUUUUCUUCUAGAUUAGUGGAUGACAGAUGCGUGGUGAACCCUGAGGCAGGGGACCUGGCCAACCCUCCCAAGAAGUUCAGAGACUGCCUGUUCAAGGUGUGCCCGAUGAAUCGCUACUCCGCCCAGAAGCAGUACUGGAAAGCCAAGCAGGCCAAGCAAGGCAACCACACGGAGGCCGCCCUGCUGAAGAAGCUGCAGCAUGCUGCUGAGUUAGAGCAGAAACAAAACGAAUCCGAGAACAAGAAGCUGUUGGGAGAAAUUGUGAAGUACAGUAACGUCAUCCAACUGCUGCACAUCAAAAGCAACAAAUACCUGACGGUGAACAAGCGGCUGCCCGCUCUGCUGGAGAAGAACGCCAUGCGGGUGUCCCUGGAUGCGGCCGGCAACGAGGGCUCCUGGUUCUACGUCCACCCCUUCUGGAAGCUGCGGAGCGAGGGGGACAACAUCGUGGUCGGGGAUAAAGUUGUCCUGAUGCCCGUGAACGCCGGGCAGCCUCUUCAUGCCAGCAACAUCCAGCUCCUGGACAACCCGGGCUGCAAGGAAGUGAACGCGGUUAACUGCAACACGAGCUGGAAGAUCACCUUGUUCAUGAAAUUUAGCUCCUAUCGGGAUGACGUCUUGAAAGGAGGCGAUGUGGUCAGACUGUUCCAUGCGGAGCAGGAGAAGUUCCUCACUUGCGACGAGUACAAGAAGAAGCAGCAUAUUUUCCUCCGGACCACGCUGCGUCAGUCGGCCACGUCCGCCACCAGCUCGAAAGCUCUCUGGGAAAUAGAGGUCGUCCACCAUGACCCGUGCCGCGGCGGCGCCGGCCAGUGGAACAGCUUGUUCAGAUUCAAACACCUGGCCACGGGGAGCUACCUGGCGGCCGAGCUGAAUCCUGAUUAUCAAGAUGCCCAGAACGAAGGAAAAAAUGUGAGAGACGGAGGCCUCCCCGCGGCCAGGAGGAGACGGCAGGCCGGGGAGAAGAUCAUGUACACGCUGGUGUCCGUGCCCCACGGCAGCGACAUCGCCUCCCUCUUCGAGCUGGAUGCCACCACGCUGCAGCGGGCCGACUGCCUGGUGCCCAGGAACUCAUACGUCCGGUUAAGACACUUAUGUACCAACACCUGGGUGACAAGCACCGGCAUUCCCAUCGACGGGGAGGAGGAGCGGCCGGUGAUGUUGAAGAUCGGAACCUGUCAAACCAAAGAAGACAAAGAGGCCUUCGCCAUCGUGUCUGUCCCCCUGUCCGAGGUUCGCGACUUAGACUUCGCCAACGAUGCCAAUAAGGUGCUGGCUACCACGGUGAAGAAACUGGAGCAGGGCACCAUCACGCAGAAUGAGAGGAGAUUUGUAACUAAAUUGUUGGAGGACCUCAUCUUCUUCGUGGCUGAUGUGCCCAACAAUGGCCAGGACGUCCUGGAGGUGGUUGUCACGAAGCCGAACCGGGAGCGCCAGAAGCUCAUGAGGGAGCAGAACAUCUUGGCCCAGGUAUUCGGGAUUCUGAAAGCGCCCUUCAAGGAGAAGGCCGGGGAAGGCUCCAUGCUGAGACUGGAGGACUUGGGAGACCAGCGGUACGCCCCGUACAAAUACAUGCUGCGGCUCUGCUACCGCGUGCUGCGCCACUCCCAGCAAGACUACCGGAAGAACCAGGAAUACAUUGCUAAGAACUUCUGCGUCAUGCAGUCCCAGAUCGGCUAUGAUAUUCUGGCAGAAGACACAAUCACCGCACUGCUGCACAACAACAGGAAACUCCUAGAGAAACACAUCACGGCAAAGGAGAUCGAGACGUUUGUCAGCCUGCUCCGGCGGAACCGGGAGCCCAGGUUUCUGGAUUAUUUGUCUGACCUGUGUGUGUCCAACACCACAGCGAUUCCCGUCACACAAGAACUCAUCUGUAAGUUCAUGCUGAGUCCUGCCAACGCGGACAUCCUCAUCCAGACCAAGCUGGUCUCCAUGCAGGGCGAGGACCUAGAUGGCGACUUCCUUCCGGAGGACGUGGACAGUGAGGAGGUGUGGCUGUACUGGAUCGACAGCAACCGAGAGCCGCAUGGGAAGGCCGUCCGCCACCUGGCCCAGGAGGCCCGGGAGGGCAGCAAGGCCAGCCUGGAGGUGCUCACCUACUACAGGUACCAGCUCAACCUGUUCGCCAGGAUGUGCCUGGACCGCCAGUACCUGGCCAUCAACCAGAUCUCGGCGCAGCUGCCGGUGGAGCUGAUCCUGCGCUGCGUGGCGGACCCGGGCCUGCCCUUUGCCCUGCGCGCCUCCUUCUGCCGCCUGCUGCUGCACAUGCAUGCCGACCGCGACCCGCAGGAGUCAGUGGUACCCGUGCGCUACGCGCGCCUGUGGACCGAGAUCCCGGCCAAGAUCUCCAUCCACGAAUACGAUUCCAUAACGGACUCUUCCAGAAACGAUAUGAAGAGGAAGUUUGCACCCACAAUGGAGUUUGUUGAAGAAUACUUGAAAGAAGUGGUCAAUCAGCCCUUUCCUUUCGGGGACAAGGAGAAAAACCAGCUCACCUUUGAGGUGGUUCAUCUGGCCCGGAACCUGAUCUAUUUCGGAUUUUACAGCUUCAGUGAGCUGUUAAGACUCACCAGGACACUCUUGGCCAUUCUGGACAUUGUGCAGGUGCCAAUGUCAUCCUAUUUGGAAAGAUUAAGCAAAUUCCAAGAUGGAGGAAACAACGUCAUGAGAACCAUCCACGGCGUGGGGGAGAUGGUGACCCAGAUGGUGCUGAGCCGGGGCUCCCUCUUCCCCGUGAGCGUGCCCGAUGCGCAGCCCGGCCUGCUGCCCAGCAAGCAGCCGAGCCCCGCCGAGCCCGAGGACGUGACCGUCAUGGACACCAAGCUGAAGAUCAUUGAGAUUCUGCAGUUCAUCCUGAGCGUGCGGCUGGACUACCGGAUCUCCUACAUGCUGUCCAUUUACAAGAAGGAGUUCGGCGAGAGCAACGCGGACGCGUCCGCCAAUGCCUCCCCUCACACUUUGUCCCCAUCAGCUGCUGUUCCUGACAUUGAUGAAAUCGCGGCCCAGGCGGAGACCAUGUUUGCCGGAAGGAAGGAGAACAAUCCGGUCCAGCUUGACGAGGAAGGCGGUAGGACAUUCCUGCGGGUCCUGAUCCACCUCAUCAUGCACGACUACCCGCCACUGCUGUCCGGCGCCCUGCAGCUCCUGUUCAAACACUUCAGCCAGCGAGCAGAGGUUCUGCAGGCGUUUAAACAGGUGCAGCUUCUGGUGUCCAAUCAGGAUGUGGACAACUACAAGCAGAUCAAGGCCGACCUGGACCAACUCCGGCUGACCGUGGAGAAGUCGGAGCUGUGGGUGGAGAAAUGCAGCAGCUAUGAGAACGGAGAAGGAAAUGACACGCCAGGCAAGGGCGGCGAAGAUCCCAGCGAGGAAUCAAACAUUCUAAGUCCUGCACAAGAUGGACUGAAGGCACCCCAGAUCGACAGCAACAAAAGCAACAACUACCGGACUGUGAAGGAGAUUUUGAUCAGGCUGAGCAAACUCUGUGUACAGAAUAAAAAAUGUCGCCAUCAGCAUCAACGACUCCUGAAAAACAUGGGUGCCCAUUCGGUGGUGUUGGAUCUUCUGCAGAUACCUUAUGAAAAGAACGAUGAGAAGAUGAUGGAAGUGAUGAAUCUAGCCCACACGUUCCUGCAGAACUUCUGCAGGGGAAACCCACAGAACCAAGCUCUCCUUCACAAACACCUGAAUUUGUUCCUAACUCCGGGUCUCCUGGAGGCGGAGACGCUGCGGCACAUCUUCAUGAACAAUUACCCGCUGUGCAACGACAUCAGCGAGAGGGUGGUGCAGCACUUCGUGCGCUCCAUCGAGACGCACGGCCGCCAUGUGCAGUACCUGCGGUUCCUGCAGACCAUCGUCAAGGCCGACGGGAAGUACGUGAAGAAAUGCCAGGACAUGGUCAUGACCGAGCUCGUCAACGGCGGCGAGGACGUGCUGGUGUUCUACAACGACCGCGCGUCCUUCCCGAUCCUGCUGCACAUGAUGUGCUCGGAGCGCGCGCGCGGGGACGCGGACGGGCCGCUGGCCUACCACGUGGGCCUGGUGGAGCUGCUGGCCGCCUGCACCGAGGGCAAGAACGUCUACACGGAGAUCAAGUGCAACUCGCUGCUGCCGCUGGACGACAUCGUGCGCGUGGUGACGCACGACGACUGCAUCCCGGAGGUGAAGAUCGCCUAUGUGAAUUUUGUGAAUCACUGCUAUGUGGACACAGAGGUGGAGAUGAAGGAGAUCUACACGAGUAACCACAUCUGGAAACUCUUCGAGAGCUUCCUGGUGGACAUGGCCCGGGUCUGCAACACCACCACAGACAGGAAGCACGCUGACGUCUUCCUGGAGAAGUGCGUCACCGAGUCGGUCAUGAGCAUCGUGAGCGGCUUCUUCAGCUCCCCGUUCUCCGACAACAGCACCAGCCUGCAGACACACCAGCCAGUUUUCAUCCAGCUGCUGCAGUCUGCUUUCAGGAUUUAUAACUGCACCUGGCCCAGCCCAGCACAGAAAGCCCUGGUGGAGUCCUGCAUCCGGACCCUGGCUGAAGUGGCCAAGAAUCGUGGGAUCGCCAUCCCGGUGGAUCUGGACAGCCAGGUGAACACGCUGUUCAUGAAGAGCCACUCCAGCAUGGUGCAGAGAGCGGCCAUCGGCUGGCGGCUCUCAGCCCGCUCCGGGCCCCGGUUUAAGGAGGCUCUUGGAGGGCCUGCCUGGGAUUACAGAAAUAUUAUUGAAAAGCUGCAGGAUGUGGUGGCCUCGCUGGAGCAGCAGCUCAGCCCCAUGAUGCAGGCCGAGUUCUCUGUGCUGGUAGACGUGCUGUACAGUCCCGAGCUGCUCUUUCCGGAGGGGAGUGAUGCCCGGAUCCGCUGCGGGGCCUUCAUGUCCAAGUUGAUCAAUCAUACAAAGAAACUGAUGGAGAAAGAAGAGAAACUGUGCAUUAAAAUUCUCCAGACUUUACGAGAAAUGCUUGAGAAGAAAGACAGCUUCAUGGAAGAGGGCAGCACCUUGAGGAAAGUUCUCCUGGAUCGGUACUUCAAAGGAGGCUCCGGAGCCGGUGGGAAUGGGCCCCUCUCGGGGGGCUUCCCGAAGCCCCCACAAGCGGGAGGAAGCUUUUCUGGACCAGAGUCAGAGAAGACAGGCAUUGUGAUGGCCGACAUUCAGUGUCUGCUGGACAAAGAAGGCGCAUCGGAGCUGGUCAUUGACGUGAUCGUGAGCACCAGAAACGACCGCAUCUUCUCUGAGGGCAUUCUGCUGGGCAUCGCCCUGCUCGAAGGAGGGAACACGCAGACACAGUAUUCUUUCUAUCAGCAGUUGCAUGAGCAGAAAAAGUCAGAAAAGUUCUUCAAAGUUCUCUACGAUCGAAUGAAGGCUGCCCAGAAAGAGAUCCGAUCAACGGUGACUGUGAAUACCGUAGAUCUGGGGAGCAGGACGCAGGAGGGAGACCAGGAGCUGGCGAUGCCCAGGGCGCGGAUGAGAGCGCGAGAUCCGGGGCUCCAUCUGAAAGAGGGGAUGAGAGGGCAGUUGAGCGAGGCUUCGUCGGCCACCUCCAAAGCCUACUGCGUGUACCGGAGAGACAUGGACCCGGACGUGGACCUCAUGUGUGCUGGGUCAGAGCCGGGCCAUGCGGAGGGCAAGUCCACGGAGGAGAUGCCCAUGAGCCCCACGGUGGCCACCAUGCAGCCCGUCCUGAGGUUCCUGCAGCUGCUGUGCGAGAAUCACAACCGAGAACUGCAGAACUUCUUGCGGAAUCAGAAGAACAAGACAAAUUAUAACCUUGUCUGUGAGACGCUUCAGUUUCUGGACUGCGUUUGCGGGAGCACCACAGGGGGCCUGGGCCUUCUGGGGCUCUAUAUCAACGAGAAGAACGUGGCGCUGGUCAACCAGACCCUGGAGAGCCUGACCGAGUACUGCCAGGGCCCGUGCCACGAAAACCAGACCUGCAUUGCUACUCAUGAGUCUAAUGGCAUCGAUAUUAUCAUUGCUUUGAUCCUGAAUGAUAUUAACCCUCUGGGUAGAUACCGGAUGGACCUGGUUCUCCAGCUCAAGAACAAUGCCUCCAAGCUCCUGCUGGCCAUUAUGGAAAGCAGACAUGACAGCGAGAAUGCAGAGAGAAUUCUUUUCAACAUGAGACCCCGGGAGCUGGUGGACGUGGUGAAGAGCGCCUACAGCCAGGGCGUAGAGGGCGACCGUGGGGAGGAGGAGGCCCGGGACGACAGCAUUUCCCCGAAGGACGUUGGCCACAACAUCUACAUCCUGGCCCAUCAGCUGGCUUGCCACAAUAAGCUGCUGCAGCACUUGCUGAAACCCGGGUCCGACCCAGACGGGGACGAAGCCUUGAAGCAUUACGCCAGCCACACUGCCCAGAUCGAGAUUGUUCGGCCUGACCGGACCAUGGAGCAGAUAGUUUUCCCUGUCCCCAGCAUCUGUGAAUUCCUCACGCGAGAGUCCAAGUCCCGCGUGUUCAACACGACAGAGCGGGAUGAGCAAGGAAGCAAGGUGAACGACUUCUUCCAGCAAACGGAGGAUCUCUACAACGAGAUGAAGUGGCAGAAGAAAAUCAGGAGCAACCCCACCCUGUUCUGGUUCUCGAGGCACAUCUCCCUGUGGGGAAGCAUUUCCUUUAACCUGGCCGUGUUCAUCAAUCUCGCUGUCGCCCUGUUCUACCCAUUUGGAGACGAUGGAGAUGAAGGCACACUUUCGCCAUUGUUCUCGGCCCUUCUUUGGGUAGCUGUUGCGAUCUGUACCUCGAUGCUGUUCUUCCUCUCCAAGCCCGUGGGGCUCCGACCAUUUCUCGUGUCCAUAAUGCUCAGAUCCAUCUACACAAUAGGUCUGGGCCCCACGUUAAUCCUUCUCGGCGCUGCGAACCUUUGCAACAAGAUCGUCUUCCUGGUGAGCUUUGUGGGGAAUCGUGGCACGUUCACACGCGGGUACCGGGCGGUGGUCCUGGACGUGGCCUUCCUCUACCACGUGGCCUACGUGCUGGUCUGCAUGCUGGGCCUCUUCGUGCAUGAGUUCUUCUACAGCUUCCUGCUCUUUGACUUGGUGUACAGAGAAGAGACCCUGCUCAACGUCAUCAAGAGCGUCACCCGGAACGGACGCUCCAUCAUCCUGACCGCCGUUCUGGCCCUCAUCCUCGUCUACCUCUUCUCCAUCAUCGGCUUCCUCUUCCUGAAGGACGACUUCACCAUGGAGGUGGACAGACUGAGGAACAGGACCCCAGCCGCAGGGAAUCGGGAUGUGCCCUCGGUGAUCUUGCCCUCCACCCUGGGGACCUGUGACAAGGAGAGCUGCUCACCUGCAGCCCCCGCCUCCAGCGCAGCGGGCGAGGAGUAUGAAGAUGGCGUCGAGAGGGCAUGCGACACACUGCUCAUGUGCAUCGUCACGGUGCUGAACCAGGGUCUCCGGAACGGAGGCGGCGUGGGGGAUGUGCUGCGGAGACCGUCCAAGGACGAGCCCCUGUUCGCGGCUCGAGUGGUGUACGAUCUCCUCUUCUUUUUCAUCGUGAUCAUUAUCGUGCUGAACUUGAUUUUUGGUGUUAUCAUCGAUACUUUUGCUGAUCUCAGAAGUGAAAAGCAGAAAAAAGAAGAAAUCCUGAAGACGACCUGCUUUAUCUGUGGACUCGAGAGGGACAAGUUUGAUAAUAAGACCGUCUCCUUCGAGGAGCACAUUAAGUCAGAGCACAACAUGUGGCAUUACUUGUACUUCGUCGUCCUGGUGAGGGUGAAGGACCCCACCGAGUACACCGGCCCCGAGAGCUACGUGGCGCAGAUGAUUGCGGAGAAAAACCUGGACUGGUUUCCUCGGAUGCGCGCCAUGUCCCUCAUCGGCAACGAAGGUGAUGGUGAGCAGAAUGAGAUUCGGAGCCUGCAGGAGAAGCUGGAGGCCACCAUGAGCCUGGUGAAGCAGCUGUCCGGGCAGUUGGCCGAGCUGAAGGAGCAGAUGACAGAACAGAGAAAGAACAAGCAGAGGCUGGGCUUCCUGGGCUCCAACAUCCCCACGUGAGCCGUCCCUUGUCCCCAUGCUGAAUGCAGGGCAGGGGGACAGCGUGGCUGGCCUCUCUCAUUGGGGUCCUUUCUCCUCCCUGAAAAGAAGAUUUGAGAUAAGGAGCUGAAAACUGGCUGAG